AUGGAUUCUCAUCAAGGAACCCGCGAGCUGUUGGGAUACCUUCGCAUAGGUUAUCCAAUCGUUCUCCUUUUGAUCUUCAUCGUGGCCUUUGUGACCACCUCUAUUCGGACAGCCAAGAAUGUGACCAAACAUGGCAAUGCAGCGCGGACAGGACCGGGAGGAAGACCUCUCCCAAAGCGGUCGCGAAGUACAAUGGCCAUCGUGAAGGAGACGCAGAAGUUCUCCCGGAACGCAAAGCUGCUCUUCAACUGGCUGUCAGCGGGUGUCCUGGUCACGUUGGUUGUUGAUGCCGCUAUCAAUGUAGCCCAUGUGAUGAUAGCCAGGGCAGAGCAUUGGUGGUGCGGUCAGGCUGUGGUGAUUUACGUUGUCGGAUCGUUCUUCGUCUACGCGGUGAUUUUGAUUUCACUUUUGGACAGCAAACCCUCGCCGUCAUCUGCGCAGCUAAUUCCAUGGAUCGUUGCCAUCCCAUUCGAAUUGGCCAUCCUGGGUGCCUCUCUUUCCAUCUACUCCAGUGUUCAUCGCGAACCAAUUGUUGGAAACCCCAUGGGUGGCCGCCUGCGGCAAGGCAUGACAGGAUGGGAAGCAAUGGCAACCGUCUCCAACUGUGUCCGAGUCCUCCUUCUCGCGACUUUGGUCGUCAUUUAUCUGUUCAACUCGAUCAGUGCAAGAACGGGCGCGCGGAAGGCAGCUCGGAGCCUAGCCAUCAGUCCAGCGGAGUCGACAGGAUUGCUUGAUGCCGCCCACACAGAAACAGGAACCACGAAUGGGUCGGCGUAUGGCUCGACGAACGGUGUCCAGGCACAUAACCAACCCCCCAAACCGACCGAUCCUUGGGUCCGGCCCACGACAGUUCCGUCAACUAGUUGGUGGGAGUAUCUCAGUGGCUACUCUCUCUUCUUUCCCUACCUGUGGCCAUCCAAAUCCCGUCGACUGCAAAUAAUUGUGGUCGUCUGCUUCGUGCUGAUCAUUCUUCAACGUGUGGUGAAUGUUCUGGUCAUUCAUCAGGUGGGGGUCAUCACCAAUAUCUUGUCUAAAACGGAUGGGGACUUCCAAGUGCCGUGGUUAGAAAUUUGCCUGUACAUCUUGUACCGAUGGCUCCAAGGCAACCAGGGCUUGAUCGGAUCGCUCCGGUCAAGCUUGUGGAUUCCAGUGAGCCAGUAUUCCUACAUGGAACUCUCGACGGCUGCUUUCGAACACGUGCAUGGGCUCAGUCUUGAUUUCCAUCUGGGAAAGAAGACCGGUGAAGUACUAUCCGCUCUGAGCAAAGGUAGCUCGAUCAACACUUUCCUGGAACAGGUGACAUUCCAGGUGGUGCCCAUGUUGGUUGAUCUUUGCGUGGCCAUUGGAUAUCUGCUCAUCGCUCUUGAUGCUUAUUAUGCCCUUGUCGUCACGAUCGUCACGUUCUGCUACCUCUACGUGACCGUACGCAUGGCUCAGUGGAGAGCCGAGAUCCGAAGACAGAUGGUUAACGCGUCAAGACAGGAGGACGCAGUGAAGAAUGAUUCUAUGGUUUCGUAUGAGACCGUCAAAUACUUCAACGCCGAGGAUUACGAGUUCAACAGAUACCGGAACGCAGUCUCGGAUUACCAAAAGGCCGAAUAUCACGUCUUAUUCUCCUUAACCCUAAUGAACACGUCUCAGAAUACUGUGUUCAUGCUAGGUCUGCUGAUCACAUGCUUUAUUGCGGCCUACCAGGUCUCCCUUGGUCAGCGGAAUGUGGGCCAGUUCGUCUCCCUUUUGACUUAUAUGGCACAGCUGCAAGGCCCCUUGAACUUUUUCGGGACCUUCUACCGCUCCAUUCAGUCAGCAUUGAUCAACUCAGAACGGUUGCUGGAGUUGUUCAGGGAGCAGCCGACAGUAGUUGACAAGCCCAGCGCCACCCCCUUGCCGGUGUGCAAAGGCGACAUCAAAUUCGACGGCGUUAAAUUCGCAUACGAUGCCCGCAAACCGGCUUUGAACGGACUUACAUUCCAUUGCGAGCCUGGCACCACCACGGCCUUGGUGGGUGAGUCUGGCGGCGGCAAAUCGACUGUCUUCCGUCUUCUGUUCCGGUUUUAUAAUGCUAGCAGUGGACAUAUCCUAGUUGACAACUACGACGUGGAGGAUAUCACGAUUGAUUCACUCCGAAGACAUAUCGGGGUUGUACCCCAAGAUACAGUUCUUUUCAAUGAGACGUUGAUGUAUAAUCUGAAAUACGCGAACGAGAAUGCAACCGAUGAGGAUGUCUACGAGGCGUGCCGGGCAGCCAGCAUCCACGACAAGAUCUUGUCCUUCCCCGAUGGCUACAAUACCAAGGUCGGUGAGCGUGGUCUCCGGCUGAGUGGAGGGGAGAAACAAAGGGUGGCAAUUGCCCGGACUAUCCUCAAGAACCCUCGAAUCAUUCUCCUGGAUGAAGCCACGGCGGCUUUGGACACGGAGACGGAGGAGCACAUUCAGAGCGCAUUGGCCACUCUUUCUCGCGGACGUACUAUGCUCGUCAUUGCGCAUCGACUGAGUACUAUCACCACUGCCGACCGCAUCUUGGUUCUUCAUGAGGGUCAAGUCGCAGAGAGUGGCACACAUGAUCAACUAUUAGCUUUGAAAGGCCGAUAUGCCAGCAUGUGGCGGAAACAGAUCCGUGCUCAGCGUGCCGCUGCCGAGGCACAAGUACUUCAAGACCGUGCCCAACGUUUGCGCAGUGCCUCAACUUCAGGUGUCGUUGACGAUAGUUCGAGCCAGUCGGACGAAGACCGCAAUAGCAGAGACGGUUCCGCCACCAACCGACCAACACCGGGUCAUCCUCCAGCCCGACCUUAA